UCUCCCUUUGUACCUACCUAAAUUUUUAUGCGAAAGAUUUGUAAACAUGGUGGCCAAGCAAUGUAAAAAUUAAGUGCUUAGCUGAUGUAAUUCGUUUUUUUUCGUGAAUUUUGAAGAAUAUUGAAGUGAUUACGUCAAUGUAUACACAUGCCCCAUGAGUGAAAUGAAGAAAUACAUAGUAUUAUAUUUUGGAACAUCUUGACCAACCUUGAAAAAUGGGCACAGAGGUGCCAAAAACGCAAGAUUCAAGUGGUGAUUCGGAUUCUAAUAGUGAUUCCGAGAACAGCAGCUCAAGCGAUUCUUCAGGAAGUGAUUGGGAAUGUUCUGGUAAUAAACAGAGCAACACACGGAAACCACAUUUCUCAGUUACUUCUUGUGACACUGGACUGAAAUUAAAAAUUGCCGCAAUUCUUCCAAAAAAAUCUACCCCCAAGAAAACUAUCAAGCCAUCAGUGAAAAAGAAACCUCACGAGGUCACGCCAAAACCAUCGAAAGAUAAGCAAGAGAAGAAAAAGGUGUCUGAAACCAGUUCAAGUUCAGAAUCAUGUAGCAAAUGUUCAUCUGACUCAUCCAGUGAAGAUGACUUGCCACUGAAAACUGUUAAGAAAAACUUACCAGCUAAAUGUUCUCCGCAGAAGACAACAUCGAAGAAUGCAAAAAAUGUUAUUAAAAGUGAUAGUGAUGAAGAACUUUGUGAGGCUAAAGAUACGUCUAAAAAUAAAGACAAGUCCUGUGCUUCAAAGACUAAUGUUCAUGUGAAAAAAACUAAAAGUGAUGAUUCCAAUAAUGACAUCAAUGUGAAGAGAGGGCAAGGAAGAAAACGCUCUAAGUUCGCAUCAUCAGCGGCUGAGAGCGGCGCAUGCGGGAGUAGUACGUCAUCGUCAACUUCGUCAUCAUCAUCGUCAUCGUCCUCAUCCUCAUCAUCGUCUUCUGAUUCCGACACUGCGGAUGCUGCUGGCGGUUCCGCACACACGUCGCCCGAUGAUUCUAACGCUGCUCUCGCGGCCGCUUGCCAAUUGCAGGUCAUCGACGAUGCGGACCUUGCGGAACUAUUUCCAGAACAAACAUCGAGCGCGCCGGCGCAACAGCCCAAUUUCUCGACCUUCUCUGUUCAUAACGCUGCACCUGAAAACGAUGACAAAUCUAUUGCAGAUAAUGGAGAUGGCUCAAGUAGUGAAAUGGAAUUAACACCACAACUCGUAACAGCUGCAAUACAAAGGGCAACUGCAGACUCAUCGGGUUCAGAAAAUGAGUGUUCAAAUUCGGAUACUGUUCAUCAAAACACUUCACAUUACGCGUCCAGUUUAUUGCAACAAUUUGUCGCUCAGACACAAUUAUUAAGUAGUACAGUUCCACUCACCACCAUCAAUGCUGCGGCAACUCCGUCUUUACAGUGUGGUAUCACAUCAAACUCUAUUGAAGGCGUUGGAACGAUCACUGAUUGUGUUUUAGGGCAAAUAAAUAAUUUGCCUGAAAUUCCUCCCAUUGCUUCAAAUUAUUUGAAUAAUACUCAGCAUUUAAGUCCACAGCAGACAGAAGAGCUUUCCCAAAUAAACAAAGCUCUUGAUGAAAUAACGUCCGUCACAGAAUCUGUAGUGUUAACAAUACCAAGUGCUCCAGGUCUGGAUGAUUGUGUGGAUAAUAACGACUUCAUGAACUUGGAUAUAACAUCAGGUGGUUCAGAACUUGGUAGUGCAAGUGACCUAUUAAAAAGUUCACCUAUAACAGUUGUUGGCCCUGAUACAGGUUCGGUUAGUCAAAUAGAGUCUCAAAAACUAGAUACAAUUAGUACAAACUCUGUUGAAUCUCAGGAAGAUGUUAAAAAUAUCGUUAUUGAAUCUAGAAGGAAAAGAGGUCGUCCCCGUAAAGUACGAAAGGUGGACGAAUUUGAGAACAAAGGUACUGAAUCUCAAAAACAAGUUAAAGCCAAAGUUAAUGUAAUUAACGACUUUCAUAAUAAUAAUGAUCCGCCGAAUGUUUCUCCUGAUUCAGGAAUUUUGUCUAACCACAACUCACCCACACAUUCACCAUUGCGAAGACACGAUAUUGAUGAGAGUAAUAGUAGGCAUAGUCGAAAGUCCACCCAUAAAGAAAAUAAUAUCGGCGAGCGAAAAAGUGCACGCUCUAAAUCAAAAACACGAAGCAGAACGCACAAUAGGUCUGAUUCAAGUGAUUGUGAUUUCCAGAAAAAACGGUUAGAAAAUGAAAUUAAGCAAAUAAAAACUGAAGCUCCUUCUCCUAUUCCGCUUAAACAAGAACAAAAUAAAUAUGAAAAAAAUAAAAAGAAUGAUCACAAACUCGAUAUAGCAGCCUUAGAUAGGAUGUUAUAUGCUACUGACAGAGUUUUAUACCCGCCAAGAAAGAAAGUAGGAAGAAAACCGCAAAAUAAAACAAAAAAUACUAAAACCACACCAAAAACUUUAAGGGAUAAAAAUCAAUUCGAUUCAGCAGACAGUGAUGAUGAUUCAUUACCGUCUAAUAGAUCUGUUUUAUCUGGUGUUUACGCCAAAAGAAAGGAAGUAAAUAGCAAACUGGCUAAUUUACCUAAAAAUAACAAAAAUAGUAAGGUGAUAAAUAAUUCAUGGAGAGAUCAUCAAAGUGAAAAUGAAGCGGCCGCUGAUGAUCCGCUUGACCCGACCUGGAAACAAAUUGACCUCAAUCCUAAAUAUAAAGAUAUUCUUUCUGGUUAUAAAAGUGAUCACGAAUUUAAACCAUAUAAAAGUUGUAGUAGAUUAAUAGAAUCAGGUUAUAAAAGUGAUUAUGGUUGCAGAUCAGGAUAUAAAAGUGAUUGCUAUAGAUCUGGUUAUAAAAGCGAUCAUAAAUCUGGGUACAAAAGUGAUAAAUCUGGCUAUAAAACAGAUUAUAGUGUCAGAAGUAUGCGAAGACGGAUGCGGAAGUUGAAGAAAACGCGUUCCGUUAGAAACAGAUCCUACUAUAAAUAUCAAAAGCAUUUCGUAUCUGAUAAAGAAAUUUUAGUAUUGUCAAAUAAAACUUUUAGUAGUCUUACUUUAGGUCACAGCUCCAGUGAUUCUGAAUGUGAGACCUACUUACGUAAACCAAACGCUAGUCCGAAAUAUGUAAGCGUCUGUACAAAAUAUCCGUUACCAUCAAAAUAUAAUUAUGGCUUUACAAAAAAUAAUCCAAAGCACAUUCUAAGAUUAAAUUCUUCGGACCCAUUUGCACCCGGUCCUGUGUUUAGUGGUUUGCAGAGGCCGGUAACGACAUAUAAUAUCUUCAAAGUGAGUCAUAAUAACAAUAAUACCUUAUUGAAAUCCCCUUCAAAAACCCGUUACACUGGGAGCCCUCUGCCAUCGCUGAAGCCAGUUUUUACUCAUAAAUUUGGUGUUUCACCAAUUUGCACCGGUUCUAAAUUGACUAGUGCAAAAAAAGAAGACAGCUUAAGACAUUUUACUAGAACACUUUCUCCAAAAAAUCGAAAGCAAGUAAAAAAAGAUUCUCCGAAUGCAAAACGAGAAAAUAUUUCUAAAUCCUUACCCAGUUGUUUUGAAAAAGCUAAAAAUACAUACAUUCCGAAUAAAUCAUUGUCGAGAAAUGUUUUUUUGAAUUUUAAAAAGCCGCAUAUAAAACCAACAUAUAACGUUAAAAAACAUAGAAGGACAGUUGUAUUAGCACCUCCUAAAAUAAAUUUAAAACAAACUGAACGACCAUCAAGAAUAACCAUUAAAACUGAAAGUAAACAUCACAGGCAUCGUAGUAAGAGAAGACAUCGCUCAAGAUCGGUUUCGAGGUGUCGUGAAUCUUAUACGAAUCGGAAUUCUGUAGAUUCAGUUGAUCAAAAAUUUAGUCAAGAUAUGGACAGCUUAAUAUCAAACUUUAUAAAACUAUGUCAAAUUGCUCCUAAAUUUAUGACAAAUAUAUCACAAGUUCCGCAAAAGGCAGCAGAAAAAGAAAAGCCCACGGAACAAGCUCCAACAAAAGUAAUCAAAAGAGCUUCAAAGAAAAGGAAAACGUCAGAUAAUCAGGAAAUUGUUACUCCCACGUCAAAACGAAGACACAAAAAACAAUUAACUGAAUCUCAAAAUAAAGGUAAAGAUACAAAUGAACAUAAAUUACCUUUGAAAAAGAGACAUUAUCAUAUAAAUUCUUCUACAAGUAACUCAUUAAGUCUGAGCUUAGUAACAGCCGAAUUUGAUGAAAAUUCUAAGACCGAUCUUAGUUCAGACAAAUUUUUAUGCACUGAAACUGAUUGCAUGGGAGAUAUACAUAAUAAUAUUACAGAAGAAUCUUCCAAACAAAAAGCAAUAGCAGAAAAAGGAAAAAAAGGUAGUGAUAAUUCUAAAAACAAUGUAAACAAUAUUCAAGAUUCUAAAACUCAGAAUUGUGAAUCUUUACCUAAAUCAUUGAAGUCGAACGCUAAUGCAGGAGAAUUAUCGUCUAAACAUAAUGACACAACUCCCACUGAUACUAGUCAGCCCUCAAACAAUAUUGAUGAUGAUCUGACUAUUCAAAAACCCACGGCUGAACAGUCAGAACUUUCUAAAAAAAUUUAUGAAACAUCAGAAAAGCUUAAAGCUGUUCACAAGAUGGUUCAUGAUCUUGAAAAAUGCUUACCAAAAUCCAAAGAAUGCGAAGCAAAAACAGAGUCUUCAAAAAAUGAUCCUCAUAGAAUAUCAUCACCUAGAUCAGAAAAAAGAUUGUCGCCAAUGCGUAAUACAGCCCCUAUUGCGACACCAAAAAAGCGUCAUAGACUAGAAGCUGACAAAGUUAUAUCACAUUCUAGUUUAGAUCAAGUUGUACAGUCAUUGUCUAAAAAACUAUCCGAAGAAAAAUCUGUAAACCCAAAUGUUUCUAAGGAUAUCAAUCAAAACACAUCAAUAGAAGACAGCAAGGAGUCUGAAAAAUCAACAGAAAUGUCCACAGAUCAGAAUAAUCAGUCUAAUACAUCAACUAUAGACCCACUUAAAAGUAUGUCAGCGCGUUCUUUAUAUAAAAGUUCAAUUCCACCCGCACAAAAAUCUGAAAUAAUGACACGCAAAAAGAAUAGACUUGAGGGUCUGACAAGUAAUUUAGUGUCAAAAAUAAAUCCAAGCGCAGCGACUAAAGUCUUAGAUACGCUUUUAAAUAACAAUAUUAGAAAAUCAAUUGAAUCUCGUAUUCUAGAAAAGGAGAAAAACAGUUAUGAUGGCGUUAAAAAUUUAUGUGAAGAAAAAAUUAAAGGCAAAGACUCACCGCAAAUGAACACUAGAGCCAGUGUAAUUAAAUCACCCGUAUCUAAAGGAAAAGUUAUAGAAACUAAAAAAACAAAAACAAUAGAAGUUACUGCGGAACAAUCUGUAGUCGUUAAUGUUGAUAAUCCCACGGGUAUAUUUGAACCUUCAGUUGAUUUAGAAGAUCAAAUACCAAAGUCAUCAAUUUGCGUUAGUGUUUUUGUAGACAGUGCUAAAGGCAAAAACAAAACCAAAGGAAUGGAUUGCAAAAGUUCAAAUGCAUUGUUAUCUCCAAUAGACACCGAGGCAGAAAUACCUCUCGCGUUAAUAUCUGAAACACCUGAUCCUAUAAUCAGGCCGAAACGAGGCGAGUCCAUUGCAGCUGUUUUAUCUGAUAAAAUUCAAGAGACUGCUAGUGGUCAUAAUUUACGUCAAACUAAGAGAAAUCUGAAUACUGAAAAUGACGACACAAAUGAUAAGAAAAAGAAAAAGACUUCUAAUAAUCUAAUAAGAGAAAGCAAGUUAGUGCUACCGACAAAAGUGAUAGUUCCUAAAAUAUCAACAGAGAAAAUAUCAAUUAUGGAUUCAAUUAAAAAAUCUGCCUUAAAUACCAAAACAGCUGAAAGUACCGACUCGGUGGAUAAUAAAAUCGUAGAGACUAAAAAAAGAACACGAAGGCGUAAAGCUAUUAAUAGAACUGGUUUUCCUAGCAUUAAAAAGAAGAAGAAGAAAAUAGAACCAAGCAGUACAUUAAAUAUUUGCUCCGACCAUUUUACAUCAGAAGACACUGAUCAUUCAGCAUUUGAAAGGGUACCCAAAGAUGGUGAAGCUAUGAGCAGUUUUCUUGAACGCACGACAGUUAAGAAACCGGAGUUAAAAAUAGUUCUGAAUAAAGAUGAGCUACCGAAGCAGGGUAGAUUGACCGUUGUUGCUCUCGAAAAAUUACAAGGAAAGGAUGUUUUAGCAGAUAAUAAUAAAGUUCUACCUACAGACAAGAAAACUAGUGAGAAAAAGAUUGGAAGUUCAUCAAUUUUAAGAGCACCUGCUUUACAACUCAAACAAAGUAAGAGCGACAAAGAAAUUAAAAAUCAUAUCAAUAAAUGGGAAGUGCUUAGUGAAAGCGAUAGUAUUCCGUCAUUAACUAGUUCCUUAGGAAACGACCCAGAAGACAGUAUCCCAUUAAGUUUAUUGAAUUUAAAAGCUCAUAAAAACACUAGUCGUUUAGAUAACUUGGAAAGAUUGAAAAGAAAAACAAGGGCUAUGUCACCAUCACAUGAAAUUGAAGAAAUAUUUUCAAAGCGCAAAAAUGUCGAAAAAUCUACAAAAGUGGGCUUGAGACCAAAAUCGAGCUUGGCCAUUUUGUAUCCUAGCGAACGCAGACUUACUAGGAGUUCUGAUAAUACAGCUGAUGAUGGAAAAACGGGGACCAAAAAGAUCGAAAACAAGAAAUCGACCAUAGAAAAUGUUUCAGAAAAAGGUGCAAAGCCAAUGAGCAUAGCCAACAGACGAAAAUCGAGGUCGUGCACGACUAGUAAAAAAACUCACGAAAUACAUUCUAGCUCACGUGACAGUUCAUUGGAUACGGUAAUUAGUCGCAGGAUAACAUCUAAAUCUCGUGAACCUUCGUUAGAUACCCUUCAUGAUCAUGAUGAAAAUGACCCAUUACCAUUAAAUGAAAAGGAAAUUGAUUUCGAGAAAAGUAUCGACGUUCUUUCUAAGAACAUUAUUUGUAAAAAACGGGUUGCCUCAUCACGCGACGAGAGUCCAGUUAAUGGUGUCGAUGGAAGGGAAAAACCUGUCGUGUCCAAAAAAAAUCCUCGACUGCGAAAAAAGUUUUUGGUAGCUGGUCUGUUUUCAGAUUAUUACAAAGAAGAUCCAAAACCAGAUGGAAAAGGAAAGAAUCUAGUGACUCAAACAGAAUUUCCACCAGGUUUGCUAGCACCACCGCCAUAUUGUGAACGUUGGGUGCGCCGUACACCACAAUAUUUUACUCUACCUUACGAUAUUUGGUGGGAACAACAUUAUAAUCAGCCAGUACCAUCUUGGAACUAUAAAAAGAUUCGCACAAAUGUUUACUACGACGUGAAGCCCUCAGCAGAAGAGUGCGAGAGUGUGGCUUGCAAUUGCGCGCAAUCUUCAGGGUGUAAUGAAGAUUGCAUCAACAGGCUCGUGUUCUCCGAAUGUUCACCGCAAUUAUGUCCUUGCGGAGAUAAAUGUAAAAAUCAACGAAUACAACGUCACGAAUGGGCAUCAGGCUUGGAGAAGUUCAUGACAGAGAACAAAGGCUGGGGCGUGCGUACCAAGCACAUGAUAAAGUCUGGAGACUUCAUACUCGAGUACGUCGGUGAAGUCGUCUCUGAUAAAGAAUUUAAGGAGCGCAUGGCGACUCGCUACGCUCGCGACACGCACCACUACUGCCUGCACCUGGACGGGGGGCUCGUCAUCGACGGACACCGCAUGGGAGGCGACGGACGCUUCGUCAACCACUCCUGCAGACCCAAUUGCGAGAUGCAAAAGUGGACCGCUAACGGUACAUUCAGAAUGGCUUUAUUUGCACUUCGCGAUAUAGAUCCAGAUGAGGAAUUAACUUAUGACUACAACUUUUCACUAUUCAAUCCUGCUGUUGGUCAGCCCUGCAAAUGUGACUCAGAAGACUGUCGUGGUGUUAUUGGAGGCAAAUCACAAAGAAUCACUAAGCAACCGCUUAAAACACAAUCAAGAACACCAUCUAAUGCGUCCAACCAAUCAAAUAAUUCGAACGGUAAUCAGCCACGAGUAGGCCGGCCAAGGAAAGCUGUGAAAUGCAAUAAAAAGUCAGAGCAGCAGAGCGUCACUGCUUGCGAUAUUAAAAACAUGACGAUACUGAAAUAUCAACAACAUUUAAACAAGUUGUGGCAGGAGCCGCAAAUGAAGCCUCUAACGGCAAAAGAGAGGACCUUAGUCAAAGAACGUCACUGUUUCCUGUUCAGAAACUUGGAAAAUGUUCGACGUAUCCGAGAGCGCCUGUCGCUACCCAUCCCCCCCUCCCCGCCGUCACACGCGGACACGCCCGCACCGGCGCCCGCGCAGCCGCCGCCCUCCGCGCCCAGCGCUCCCGUCGUCACUAACGUUAAUCCCCUCGCCCUACCCGACACCAUGAAUCCGACAGUGUUUCUCAAAAGAUUGCAGACCUUGCGCGCAUCGAAGGAGGAGAAUGUGAAAGAACUGGCGCGUCUAGAAAGUGACUCUACGCUCGAUGUAAAAACUCGGCUGGGAAGAGUUUACAAAGCCCUGUACAACUCUGUCGUGGCUGUUAAAGAUGAUGAAGAUAAAUCUGUUUCUGCUCUUCUGCUGAAACUUAAGCUCGGUCAAUCCAAGACAGAUACAGGAUAUACACAUGAUUUGAACACAAUAAAAAAUAAUAUAGAUAGUGGUCAGUAUGAAACAGUGGCGCAGUUUGACGGAGACAUGAACGGCUUUUUCUCCAGCGUCAUACGUGAACACGGAAGAUUUACUUCUUUAGGUACAGCUGCUACACAGCUCAAAAAGGUUUACAAUGCAACGAAAUCAGACUUCGCAGAGUAUUUAACCAAAAUUCUUGGGCCCAACGAGUCUCUACCAACUGGAUUCAUACAAAAGACAAAACCCGAGGAGGUGAUCUUGUGCAUCUGCGGCCUGCAUGUGGAGGAGGGGCUGAUGGUGCAGUGCGGGCGGUGCGGCGUGUGGCAACACGCGCGCUGCGUGCGACUCGCCGACGCCAAGCGCCAACACCACUGCCACUACUGCAGCCCCAAACCGGUCGAUCGUGAAAUUCCUCUCGACGAAUAUACCGAAGAGGGUCAUCAAUUCUAUCUAUCGCUAAUGCGGGGUGACUUACAAGUACGCCAAGGCGAUACAGUGUACGUGCUUCGAGAUAUUCCAAUAGACGACAAACGCCCAGAUGUAAGUCAGAAAAAUGGUGAUAAGAACGAGUCCCCUAAAACUAAACGAUUGGACAGAAAAAAACUCAAGAUCGCUAAAGGAAAAGAUAAAAAUGAUGAAACUACUCAAAAUAAGGAAGGGGAAGUGCGUAAACAUACAUAUCAGACAAUCGGUGAGGUUCCGGUUUCGGAGCUGGAUAUCUUCCGAGUGGAGCGGCUCUGGAAACAUAAAGAUACUCAAGAGAGAUACGUUUAUGGUCACCACUACUUACGACCGCACGAGACCUUCCACGAGCCGACUAGGAAGUUCUUCCAUAAUGAAGUGAUGAGAGUACCACUGUAUGAGGCUGUACCCAUAGAACUUGUGAUGUCACAGUGCUGGGUUAUGGACUUGAAUACAUAUUGCAAGGGUCGGCCAGUGGGUGCAUCCGAGGAGCACGUAUACAUCUGCGAGCUACGCGUGGACCGCUCCGCGAGACUUUUUACACGCGUGUCUAGACCCAAAUACCCGUUGUGCACCAAGCCAUACGCUUUCGAUCACUUUCCUACGCGUCUCAAACUGACAAGAACUUAUGCACCUCAUGAAGUGUCCCCUGAGUACCUUAAAGGUCGUGCUGCUAAAAGUUCUGCACCAACUGAUAAAGCUAAAAAUACUCAAGAAGUUAAGAAAAAACCAACGACAACAACAAUGUCUACUACAACUCCUAAGGCGCUGACACCAAGUGCCCGUCGCGAACAACAGAAGGAGCGCGUGAACAACAUCGCCCGGCGCCUCCUCGCCCGCGGCGGCCAGCGCGGCGCACUCGACGCGUCGUACCUGCUGGCGCCGCGCGUGGCCCGCGCCCCGCGCCGCCCCCGCGCGCGCCCCUCCUGACCCGCGCGCGCCUGCACCACCUGCCCCUGCUGAGUGCGCCGCCAUCAGGGGCUGCAGUGGAUGAUGAGUGUAUGUGACAGUGACAAGUGAUUGACAUGAUAGUCUGACUUUGACGCAAUUACGACAACAAUUACAAUAAUAUUUUAAAAAGUCACUGUAAUGUGUGCUUCCCUGUGAUGCCGGAGACUAUGGCUCAUCCUUGUAAAUAUCUCAUAUGCGUAGAUUAGAAAUGUUUAAUUCAAAAUUUUAACAUUACAUUUGUAAUUGUAUUGCAUAAAAUGCGUUUAUUAUUUAUAUACGUCG